GGCAAAAAUUAAACCUUACAAUGGUUUGGGUAGAGUGGCCAGACACCAGUGUGUGUUUCUAGCCACCUAACUGAAACCCAACAUGAUUCAUUUCGAUAAGGUGGUGCAUUGCUGAUGCUGAACCUCCCCGUGCAGUAUUAUUGUUUUCUUCAAUAAUACCCAUGCCAGAGCUAUCCUUUGGUCUGUGUAGGAGACAACACACCCUACCAGCAACCACCAAACCUGUCCCUACUGUCUUGGGAGAGGAUUCCUCUCCCUUCCCUCUUCAGGGUGGGAAGCAUAUAGUAUCAGCCUCUCCCAGUUAUCCUACUUGUCUUUUCCCAUAGAGGGGUAGGGCUAAGUACAUCAACCUAAGCUUUUUCUCUAUUAAAGACAGAUGUUGUAUUGGCAAGACAAAGGGAAUAAGUGUUGCUAAAGUUGGAAUAGGAAUGUUUCUCACUGAUAAUUGAGUCUCUAGAUUCUCUGUGCCUCCCAUUGUUUAAUUUUCAUUCUAUGACUAGUUACCAAAUACUGAGAUUUGUUUUUCUAUUAAGAUGAAGGAUUUGGGGGCUGAAGAACAAAUGAGCAAUGAAGCUUUCUGGCUCUUCAAGCAAUUAAAUCUACAUUUGGAGCAAGAAUGGAAAUUUCAACCUCGGGAAAAGGGGCUGAGCCUAAUUGAGUGUACCACCGAGAAUGAAAACACUCUAUGUCCAAGACUAAGAAAUGCCAAGGUUGAAGAUCUCUGGAGUUUGACCAGUUUCUUUGGAUUUACAACUGAAACAUUUGUCCUAGCUGUCAACAUUCUGGACAGAUUCUUGGCUCUUAUGAAGGUGAAACCUAAACAUUUAUCUUGUAUUGGAGUCUGUUGUUUUCAAUUGGCUGCCCAAGUUGUUGAAGAGGAAUGCAAUAUUCCGUCCAUUCAUGAUGUCAUCCGGAUUAGCCAAUGUAAAUGCACUGUUUCUGACUUAAAACGGAUGGAAAAAAUAAUUUCUGAAAAACUGCACUUUGAAUUUAAAGCUACUACUGCCUUAACCUUUUUGCACUUGUAUCAUACUAUUGUACGCUGUCAUACCUCAGAAAGGAAAGAAGUACUGAACCUUGACAAAUUGGAAGCACAGCUGAAAGCUUGCAACUGCCGAUUAGUCUUUUCUAAAGCAAAACCAUCCAUAUUGGCCUUGUGCCUUCUCACUUUGGAAGUUCAGACUUUGAAAUCCAUUGAGCUGUUUGAAAUUGUUCUGCGUGUUCAAAAGCAUUCAAAGAUAAGUGAUAGGGACCUACUCUUCUGGAGAGAGUUGGUUUCAAAAUGCCUAGCAGAUUAUUCUUCUCCUGAAUGUUGCAAACCAGAUCAUAAGAAAUUGGUUUGGAUUGUUUCAAGACGUACCGCUCAGAAUCUACAAAAUAGUUACUACAGUGUUCCUGAGUUGCCAACUAUACCAGAGGUUGGAUGUUUCAAUGAAAGUGAGAGUGAAGACUCCUGUGAAGAUAUGAGCUGUGGAGAAGAAAGUCUUAGCAGUUCUCCUACUGAUGUAGAAAGCAACUUCUUCUUUGACCUCAAUUCUAAAUCUAAGUGGCAAACUCUCAACUGUCAGUCUUAGCAGUUGGAUUGCACUAGAAUACUGUUUUUAAAUGUACUAUAGGCUUUCUUGGCAAUAAUGAGUAGGUAGUAUCCAGGCAAGAGUUGCAAUGGAAUACCUAAGUGCUUAUAAUGCCUGCCUCUUUUAGAAUUCUGAUUUAAACGGUUGUUUAGGUGCCCAUUCAGCAAAAUACUUACACAGCCAUAGUCCUGUUGAGGUGAACUCAAAUGACGUAUAUGGACAAGUACUCUGCUGAAUUCUGUUUAAAAGCAUAAUGCGUUGGUAUUUCAAAUGGUAAAACUGCUUUAGAGUGCAUGUGCAAUCUUCCAAGAAAAGAGGUUGUGUAUGUUCUAUUGUAAUGAUUUCUUUUGGGGCAGGAAGUAUUUUAACCAAAAUUAUAUAUUUUAAUGGUAUAUUCUAAGGAUUUUAAAAGCUUUGCUUUUUAAACUUCAGGAUUUCCUUGUUUAAUCAGGAGCAUGCAUGAUCUAUUUUGAGAGGAAUAUAGACUCAAAUACUUUAGACCCAUUCAUAUGAACGAUAGACUAGUAUGUAUGUGCCAGGGUUUAUUUUAGCAUUUUCAUUUUAAACUAAUGCAAUGAGCUUGUUUAAAAUUUUAGUGUGAACAUGUCAAUUCAUACUAUUAGACUAGAAGUAUUAACAUAUUAAACUUAAGUGUACAUUCCUUUAAAUAUUUAACCUUUGUAGUUUUCAGUAUUCUUUCACUGUUAAAUGACUAAAUCCAUAAUCAGACUGGUUGCAUGCUUAUGUAAAAGCUGUUAGUGCAGGAAGAGUUGGUAUUGUGCAGAAAUGUCAGGUAAAUGUGAAGUUGAUAAAGUGGUUGAUAUAAUGACAGAAACUUGGUAACUUUUUUGCAUUUGUUAAAACACAUUAGUAUGAGUGCAUUUCACUGGAGAGUAUGGACAGCUACCAAAUGAGAACGUUUACUCUGCAGAUGUAACGGUAUUUGUGUGGUAGUGCCAAUGUAAAAAUGAAGGGGCAAAAAAUAAGCUAAGUUUGAUAGUUGUAGAAAUAAACAUUUCUAGAAUGACGUGAAGAUGUGAAUGGUGAUGUAAGUUUCUAAAUGUUUUAUGCUCUGUUUUAUAAACGUAUACAAAAGUUUACAAAAUGUAUAAAAAAAUGUAAAUUUAAAAAAUGUACAGAAAAAUCUUAACUUUAAAUAAGCAAAAAGUACUGUAUUUUUUUACAUUGUGUAUGUAACUUUGUGUAGGUAGCUUGCAUGUGGAUAUUAAUUUAUUGUGUAUUCUGUAUCAUACAAAUACUGUCUAUUGAAGACUUGCUUUUUCUACAACAUCCAACAAAGAUAUUUUCUGAACCCAAUUUCUGUUAAAAGGGUAUAAAACCUACUGUUUUGCUUCAAUUCAGAAUACAAAUAAAGCAGUUGUAUUUCUAUUUGUAUAAUA